UUGAUAUUCAACCAAAAUAAUAUUUUUCUUUGUUGGAGUGUCUGUAAUAAGUGGAAGCCAUAUGAUUACGUUUGCGUGAUCAAAGUAUUCAGCUGCAUAUGGUUGUAAAAGUGUAAAAGUUCUUUGUGCCUGGUGUGAUCUAAGCUACAUGUGUAAUUAUUACACAUGGUGGCAAUUACUUAUUCAACAGAAAAUGAGAUACAACAAUGGAUUAUUAUGUAAACGCGCGCCCGCGCCCGUGGCAGAAGAACAGAGGAGACGUCUCCAUCAUUUGGAAAGUUUGCAGGACAAAGGCGCUCCACAGGGCGUUGUCAACGCCGAUAUUCCGGGCCUCACUCAUUGGAAACGUGAUUAAAUUCAAACUAUAAUCGUCACUGAUUCGUCUAUUUUAUCAACACUAAACUGUGCCGGAUCGAACAAAGACUGCUGCUGCCAUCGUUGUUGUUACAAUCAGAGCAAAUGUGAUCAUGUGAAAGUGUUACAUUACUAACUGAAGGUGAUCCCCAUAUUCUUAGCUUUGUGUGAAUGCAAAUUGAAUUUCGCGAAAGUGAAACAACGCUUUGCACCGUCUAAUAGAAGACAUAUCCUGUGCAGUGAACAAGGUCAGAAACGCCAAAAAUUCCAUUAAUGUCAUCUGUAGACAGAGAUCCGCCGACAGUGGAUUGUGAAUUGAUUAUCUAAACAGAAAGGAUAACCCCGAGUGAAAUUGAAUAAGUGCAAUAAGGUUCAAGAUUGUGUACUCGUGUUGAUCUCGGUGCUACUUUACUGUUCGUUUCAAUCAAAGUAUGGCUGUUAGUUUGUUGAUCAAUGUUUUGUUCGUCCUCACCGGGCUGAUCAAGUGUUCGGAAAGUGCCAAGAUCUUAGCAAUAUUCCCGGUGCCUUUCAGAGAGCAUCAACUCGUGUACAGACCAUUGAUUGAGCAAUUGGCGAACAAAGGACAUGACAUUACCCUGUUGACUACUGAUCCGAUUGACCUGCGAGUGGCUGGCAAUGGUUCGCUGGUAGAGAGGAUUGAGCAAAUUGAUUUGAAUUUUGUGUACGGUUUGCCCAUUUUGGACGAUUUGAAAAAGAUCAACUUGGACGCGAGAGAUAUGCUGAAGAAUGUGUUCGACGUGAUGAGGAAAAUUUCCCAAGCCGAACUACAGCAUCCAUCAGUACAGGAGUUGAUUCAGGAAAACGCUAAGUUUGAUGUAGUGAUGGUUGAGUGGUCUGGCGUUAGCUUAAUGAAUGCGUUUGCCUAUCACUUCAGCACUCCGUUGGUGGGAAUAGCCAAUGGAGGUGCGUACAUCAACGCUCACGAAGCUCUCGGCAAUCCAAACCAUCCAAUCGGUUACCCGAGCAUUUUCAUGCCGUUCAGCGAGGACCUGAGUCUACUGCAGCGAAUUUCCAGCGUGUUCUUCACCAUCUGGUACCGCUUCUACUACUACACCGAGGAAAUACCGAAACAGAAUCUGAUCGCAAGUGAAAAUUUUGGCUGCGGUAUUCCCGAUGUGUUCGAGAUCGAACGGAAAGCUGAUCUGUUGCUCAUUAACUCCUACCAAGCGCUGGGAAAUGUGCGUCCGAUAGGUCCAACCACGAUCUAUCUGGGAGGCAUUCACAGGAAACAGACAACCGGCGAUGAAAUGAGUGAAGAUUUAGCCCUCUUUCUCAGCCAAUCGGAAGAACCGAUCGUUUUUGUGAACCUUGAUUUGGAUCCGAACACCGAUUACUACCGGUUGGAGAAAAUUGUCAAAGCACUGGAGGACUUGGGAGCUACCAUUAUUUGGAACUGGAACCAAGGGCAAUUUGUGAACUCUUCUGCUAAAAUCUAUCAGUCGUAUAAUUUGCCCCAAGAAGAUAUCCUAGCUCACCCUAAGGUACAGCUAUUCAUCACCAGUGGAGGACAAAGAAACAUAGAAGAUGCAAUUCAUUAUAAAGUUCCGGUGUUUGGUAUUGGUUUCUCCACUUCACUCGAGCACUAUCUGCGCCAAAUUGCCAAAUAUGAGGCCGGCAUAAUCUCAUUGAUUGAUUUCGAAACACAAGCGACUAUCACCGACAAACUGCGUGAUGCCUUCUCGCUGAAGAUAUACCAAUCAAACAUGGAUAGACUAAACCGGCUGCUGGCGGAUCAGCCAAUGGAUUCGCUCGAGCGCGCAGUCUGGUGGAUUGAGUACGUCAUUCGCAACGAAGGCACGAAGCAUUUACGCGCGCCGCAACUUUCGUGGUUCCAGUACUUGAUGCUAGAUGUCACACUGAUGGUUGCUGCCCUGGCUACACUCACUAGCGUCGCCGUUAUUUAUUUCAUCUGUCGGGCGGUGCGUUACUCCCGAAGUUUGCCCAUCGAAAUGGUAACUCGUGGUAGCAAGAAGUGUAAACAACGGUAAAUAACGCGUCCCACCCCAUGACUGUUGAUUAGAUGAUUCAAAGUGUGUUCAAAGAGAAUGUGACGAAUAAACCUAAUAUCACCCUUUUAUAACUAGUAUUAGUCAUAAAGCAGAAUGUGAUAUUAGCUUUAAGAAUUAGUAGUAUAAGCUAUCUAUAAGAUCUGUUUGUUUUAUGUUCUCAUAUUUUACAAUAUGAUGAUAAACAUAUACUGCGUACGAAUAAAAUAUUUCUACAAGAAGUA